AUGGCAUCGUCUUCUCUUUCUUCUCAAUCAGCAGCCCAUGAAACAGAUUCCUUGCUUGAAACUCCACAGACGGAUAAUCUCCUACGGAACUCGAGUAACCAGCGACGAAAUCCCUAUGGAAUCAUUCUCAGUGCCUUCUUGUUGGCAAUGAUGGCUUUGGUGGCUCUCUUCUUUUUUAACAUUCUUCCGUAUAAACCACCCAAUACCGAUAUUGUAGGAUCACAACUAUUGCAACUAUCACUGCAUAUGCAAGGGAGAGUUGUAUUUCCAGAAGAUGCGGAUUUUGGGGAUGCCUCCAAGGUGUGGCGAGAAGAUGUCGUCGCCAACAAUCCUCCCUUGGCCAUCAUUGAAGCAUUCUCGGAAAGCGACGUCCAACUUGCAAUGCCAGUGCUUGCCAGGUUAUUUCGGUUGCACGAUAUUCCUUUUCGAAUUCGUUCAGGAGGGCACAACAAGGCUGGUUUCAGUACUACAGGAGGAGGGAUCAUUUUGUCAUUGAAGCAAAUGCGAAACGUUGAAUUGCUCAAAAACAAUGACUACGAUUCGAACGAAUUGCAAGGGGACAUAUUGACGCCCCAUCCUACAACCAAAACAGUGGUUGCUUCCGUUCAGCCAGGUGCCACUGUGGAAGUCGUCUUGGACAAUCUACUAGAACAGGAAGGAGCAGGUGGGACGGUUGGAAUCUGUGGCAAUGUGGCCGAAGGUGGCUUUGUUCUUGGAGGAGGGAUUGGAUUCAUGUCACGAAGUUUGGGACUUGGCAUUGACAACGUACUUAGUUUUCGUAUCGUCUUGUAUGAUGGAACUAUUGUUACGGCCAAUGCGGAGAGCCACCCAGAUUUGUUCUUUGCACUACGAGGAGCUGGAUCUGGGAACUAUGGGGUCGUGACAGAAAUGGAAUACAAGUACUUUCACCCCAUGCCUAGAGAACAGCGGUCUCGGAUGGUUAUCAUACCAAUCGAAGAUUUUGCGUCUUUUCUCUAUAAUCUUGGCAAGAGCCCACCAAGUCGAGAGUUCAUGAGCAUAUUUGGAGUUUCUCCAGACAGUGCUACUGCCUUGAUGUCUUGGUUCAGCGCGGACCCGGAACGUAUCGACGAAUCCGAAGACCGGUUUCAAGAAGAAAUCGCCCCAUUGCUCCCGGCUUCCUCCUACGAACAAGUUCCCUACGCAUAUUUCGACUGGGCUGAUGGAACUCACGACUUUUCCGACAAGCCAGGCUACACCGAUCAUUUGUAUGCCGUGCAAGUCUGGCAAGGCUUUUUGAUGCCAGCCAACAAUACCCGCGCUGUAUGGGAUGAGAUUGUAUCACUGAUCCAACAUAUUGUAGAAGAAUGCCCGGAUGUCCACCCAGAUAUUGAACUCUGGGGUGGAGCAAUUUCUGAUACUCCGCACAACGAGACGGCCUUUGCCUAUCGAGAUGCUCUUUUCAAUGUAGGUGUACAACUGUAUGUUACCAAGGAGGCGUACAAGGAACAGUUUGAAUACGAAUUGAACAAAGUGAAUCAAUGGUGGCCGUCUGUAGCUCAGUACCUGGAGGGAGCUUACGUCAACUAUCCAAUGAAUUCAUUAGGAGACGACGAGUAUCCAAGGCUUUAUUGGGGAAAUCAUUUGGAGCGGUUAGUGCAUGUGAAGCGUCAAUAUGAUCCACUGAAUAUCUUCCGUUACGAACAGAGCAUGCCAGUGGCGGUGACAUAG